AGCCCUUCACACCCAUUUCUGCUUUGCCAUCAGCAGCGUGUCAUCUUUCACUAUGUCAAAUGUGAAGCCUCACCCUUCAGCUUUGAACAAUAAGCCAAAAAAUACCUUAAAGGAGCAGUAUGGGCUUCAGGACAUUGUCCCACUUGUGCAGAGUGUGGAGGAGACUCCAGAGCCCAUCCCUACAACUAUCAAAGGCACAAUACCUACAUGGAUCCAUGGAAAUUUUCUUCGCAAUGGCCCUGGAAAAUUUGAGUUUGGAAAUCAACACUUCAACCAUUGGUUUGAUGGAAUGGCUAUGAUGCACUCCUUUCAUAUUGCUGAAGGUCAGGUGACCUACAGAAGUCGCUUCCUGCGCAGUGACUCCUACAAGCAGAACAGUGAGAUGAAUCGAAUCAUGGUGUCUGAGUUUGGCACUCUUGCUUUCCCUGAUCCAUGCAAGAAUAUCUUCCAGCGUUUUCUAUCUCGUUUUGAGAUGAUAAAGCCCACAGACAACGCAAAUGUGAACUUUGUGAAAUUUAAAGGUGACUACUAUGUCAGCACAGAGACAAACUUUAUGCACAAAAUUGAUCCAGAUACUCUAGAAACAAAAGAGAAGGUGGACUGGAGCAAGUUCAUUGCUGUUAAUGGUGCAACUGCCCACCCCCAUGUUGACCCAGAUGGUACAGUCUACAACAUGGGCAACUCCUACGGCAGUAGAGGAGCUUUAUACAACAUUAUCAGAGUACCUCCAAAGAAUGAAGACCCUGAUGAAACACUGCAUGGGGCAAAGGUGCUAUGUUCCAUUUCUCCUGCUGAAAAAAGAAAGCCUUCCUAUUAUCAUAGCUUUGCUAUGUCAGAGAACUAUGUGGUGUUCAUUGAACAACCCAUAAAGAUGGACCUGCUUAAGUUAGUGACAUCCAGGAUGAGGGGGAAAGGCAUAAGUGACUGUAUCUACUGGGACCCAAAACAAGAGACUGUCUUCCAUAUUGUAAACAAACAUACUGGAAAGGUGAGUCCAGUGCAGUACCAUACCAAGGCUUUAUCCACCUUCCACCAGAUCAAUGCAUUUGAGGAGGAUGGCUUCCUCAUAGUGGAUAUGUGCUGCUCAGAUGAUGGCCAAGCCCUUAAAAUAUACUUUCUUCAGAACUUGCGCAAGUCAGGAGAAGCACUGGAUGAGGUGUACAACAGCUUACACAGGACAUUUCCUCGCCGCUUUGUUCUGCCUUUGGUCAUUACCAAUGAUACGCCACUGAACCAGAACCUCAACACAUGGCCCAACAGCUCUGCUUCUGCAGUCUGCCUCAGCAAAGAUAAGGUGUUCUGCAUGUCUGAAGAUCUGCAUGAUGAUGAACUGCUGGAUUAUGGGGGACUGGAGCUCCCUCACAUUCACUAUAACAGGUGCAACACCAAACCAUACCGCUAUUUCUAUGGCUGCGGCUUUGGCCACCUGGUGGGAGACUCACUGAUCAAGAUGGACCUUGAAAGUAAAAAGCUCAAGGCAUGGUAUCAGCCAGGCUUCUAUCCAUCUGAGCCUGUGUUUGUCCCCUCACCUAAUGCAGAGGAAGAGGAUGAUGGAGCCAUCCUCUCUGUGGUCCUCACACCCACUGAGGAUAAAGGUACAUUCCUGCUGGUUCUGGAUGCUAAGACGUUUGAGGAACUAGGAAGAGCUGAAGUGCCUGUUAACAUUCCAUAUGGUUUCCAUGGAAUCUUUAACUCCUCAGUGUAGAACAAAUCUCAUUAUGUUCUCACAAUGUAUUGGCGCAACUCUGGCCAAGCUUAUAGGUCACUUCACUUAAAAGACUUUUAUUUUAUUUUAUUUUUGGCUACUGGCUAGCAUGGCUUGAGUCCACAAUUCUGACCGGGCCACAUCAGCAAUUUUGUCAGCCUUUAAAGGACCAUAAAGUUAUGCUAUUCAUUUUUUGAUAAUAAUAAUAAUAAUAGUAGUAGUAGUAGCAGCAGUAUUACCUAUUUGAUGAAUUAAUAUCAAUAACAUAGGCUCUAAAACUACCUGGAAAAGGUCAAACAAACUAUUCAACUGUAUAACAUUGAUUUGCACAGUGGCCACACUCUGAUGACAUUCAUAAAAGUUCUUUGAAGUUAACAUUAUGAUUCCAUAUGUAACCACCUAAAUAUCAAAUUAAAAAAAAAAAGAAUUUAUGUUUGCAUAUUCAAUGUUAUUUAAUUGUAAUCAGUUUUAGUAAAACUGCCAUACAUAUUUUGGUUGC